AUUGGCGCUGCAGACGCAAGCGCUUUUCUUACCAAUUUUUUUGCGGUGACAAAACACAUGGAGUAAUGGGUUGUAUAGUGAAAAAGUUAAACAAUAAAUUUACAUAUUUUUUAACGUAUUCAGCUAACAGAAGUUUUUACUUAUGCGUAUAACAUUUAAAUUUGUUUUUGACAAUUAAUUUCUAAAUAUUUUACAAUCAUGACAAUUGAAUCAUUUCAAAGAUUUAUUGAGACUUUCUGCCCAAGUGCCUGUGUGCCGGUGGAUUUAGUAAAAAUAGCUAGAAAUGUUAUGUUGUCAAAUAUAGGCCCUAGAGUUGAACAUGAUUUUAGAUACCAACCCCAUGAAGUUAUACCCAGUCCAUUAUGUCUUGUAAUGGAUGGUGAAUGUUGUUUAGAUAGACUUUAUGGUGGUUAUUUUGGUGAUUGGGUGUGCGGGGGACAGUGGAAUAGAAUGGUAGAUUUUCUUAGAACAUUCUUUCAAGUAGUCAACAAACGUAAUAUUGAAAUAACAGUUUUUUUUAAUGGAACAUCAGACCCACAAAGAAUGACCAAGUGGGUUGAAAAACAAAAAGUUGAAAAGGAGAAAAUAACUCAAGUUCUUAGACAUGCCGCUUGUAAAGGUACGCCUCCUCCUAAAGUCUGGUGGGUUGCGCCAAACGCUCUUCGUACUUGUUUGAGAAUAUUAUUACGACAUUUGAAAGUUAAUGUUGUUUUAACUACUACUGAUCAUCACCAAGAGGUAAUCUCAUAUUUAAAAAAAUAUAACUAUCAUGGAUUGCUAGCUGAUGACCCAGAAUACAUCAUUUUCGAUCCUCAUCGAUAUUUUUCAUCAGUACAAUUGAAACUGACCUUUAAGGGUUGUUUGGAAACAAAAGAGUACAUUUUAAAUGAAGUUACCAGGUGCUUGAAUCUUCAUCCUAGUAGAAUAUGUGUAGUUGCAGCUCUUCUUGGUAAUCAUAUUCUUGGAGAUUCAGAUUUAUCAGUUUUUCAUCGCUCCUUAUGUCCUGAUGCAAAAGGAAAAGUAAUAAACUUUUAUUGUACUUGUACUUCUUAAAUAUAUAUAUAUAAU